AUGCGCCUUCGCCUGCCCUAUAGCUAUGGCCUGAAAAAGCCUCGGGCGUUUGACCAGGACCAGAUGGCUGCCAAGGUCGAGCCUGUCAAGCCCUGGAAGAAAAAAGGCAACAAGACUCAUCAAUCUACCGCCCCGACCUCCGCGGGCCCCAGCAAUUCUGCGCCAUCUCAGCGCCAGCGCACUGCCCAAUUAUCUGCACGCCAAACACGUGAGCCCCGUCCUCAACAGCAAACAGCCAUGGACACCAACGAUCACUCUGAAACAUUGGCCAGCCCGGCCUAUCGCGCAAAGCGAAACGAAAACGAAGAUGAGGACGAUGAGGAUGAUGAUUUUCAGGAUUAUGCCGAUCCUUUUGGAGCGCCAGAACCAACCUCAAUGCGUCCACAACAUCCCUCAACGACAACGGCGCUGGGUCCCCCUGUGCGUAAGCAACCGCCAAUUAAAAUCCAACACCUCGCCCUGAGCCCCCCCCGAACAUCUCGCCCAACGGUAUCCGCAGCAAGAGCAGCAGCUAGCCCGAACAAAGCAUCUCCUUCCCGAGCCCUGCUUGACCCGGCUGCUGCUCCAAGCCUGGACGACACGGCUUCAGAAGCAUCUUUCUACUUGACCCGCUCCCAGUGGGAGCACCAGCGCGUCAUCGAUGAGAAUGAGCUCAUGGAGUUUGAGAGUUUGGAGCGCAUUCUGACUCCAGGAACAACCCCGACAAGCCGUCGCAAUGCGGCCCCAGUACGCUCAAUCGCCUCCAACCAACCCCUGCCGACCGAUCGACCGGCCUCGCACAAACACAUUCGCGUACGCGAGGCGGUCGUGGGCCAGAGUUCCAUCCACUCCCACUGGCCUGGCGAGGUUUCAGCCUUGCCCCCACCACACGACCAUCAUGCUUCCUUUGGCAGCUCAGCCCGUCUUGACUUGGAUUAUCAGGAGCUUUAUGCACAAGAAUUCCUCGUGGCCCGCCCUCCCGGCUCGCCUGCCCCUGCAACAGGAAGCACCUCAACGCGACGGCGCGUGGUCGCACUGCCCUCUCAGGUCGAACUUGAUGACGCUUCAGCCUGGAGUGAUAGUGACAUGCCCCUUGACCCUCUUGAAGAGGAUUGGAAACACGAUGCACCCUCCUCAACUGCAACCACCUUCCGAGAUCCGAAGCCUAAGCAGGGCAAAGCGUUGCAGUCUAACAUGGAGCACGCGCAGCAUUUGGAUGGCACGCCUAGUGAAACUGGCAGCGAGGAUACCUUGCACCCUGAUGAUGGGAGUGAUAUUGCUGAUGGCGAGGAGCAUGACGAAACAAGCCCGCCACCAGAAGCCCGUCAGACCACAACCUUUGCGCAAAGGCCGCAGUCGCGGCUUGUGGCCAAGUACUUUGGCGGUGCCGCAACCAAUAGCAGCAACCGUGCUCCAAGCAAACAUCCUACCCAGCAUGAAUCAGCUCCUGCCCCUUUGAGCGAGCAUAUCCCCACCCAGCCAGAGACCCAAUCACAUGCUUCCAGAAACACAGACGUGUCCCGCCCACCCUCCAAGUCGCAAACACAUGCUGAUGGUAUUGUGCAAGCCAAGAUUGAUGAGCUCAACGCUGAAAUUGCCUACUUCAAAGCUGAAAACUCACAGCUGCGCCAGCUGCGCCAGGAGCACGAUGAAGCUGUGGCUGCUCUACAGCGAGAGAUGACGGAAUUUCAAAAGAAACGCGAGCAGGACGAAGCAGACUUUGCUGAAGCCAAAGAGAGCGAGCUCAAGAAGUUGCGUCGAGAUCGCAAGAUGGUGGACGCACACCGUGAAGCACUGCGUGCUGCCCCGAGCCGUGAGGCCAAAGAGCUCAUUGCCACACUGGAGCAAGAAAAUCAAGAAUUGCGGGAACAACUCGAGCAGAACAAGCGGCGCCAUAAUCUAACUGUAUCUCGCUAUCAAGACCAGGUUCGGCGGCUCGAAGAGGAAUUAGCAACGGUGCGCGAUGAGCUCCAGCAAGUCGAGCUGGCACGCCUGGCGCUAGCACACCAAGACAACCGAAGCGUGCCGUCUACAACUGACAACCGCUCGAGUGGGCAUUUGUCCGCGAAGCAACGUACCCCGGCGCCUCAUAGCAAUUCCACCACGGUGAAGAUCCAGAACACGCGUGGACUAAAUGGUGCUCCUCACCUGCGCGAUAGCGGCAUGUCUCCCUCAUAUGAGCAAGGUGCCAUGUCGUCAGCUGAGAGUGCUGAUGAGUCUGAGGCCGACGUCUACAUAUACCACGUGGAACAACAGGCUGAGCUCCUGCCAUCAUCAGCUGAGAACAAGACAGUGGACGUACCCACGCUGAAUAACAGCAUACAUCAUCUAGCCCUAGACACUGAGAAGCACGAGGAUGGCCUUGAUGAAAUCAUUGGCUCUGAGAAGGCUGGUCGCCGUUCGGAGACGAUUUUGCCGGAUGGAACACAAGUCAUCGAGUUUCCCAACGGCACGGUCAAAAAGGUCUUUGCCGAUGGGCGCGUCCACGUGGCCUUUUUCAACGGCGAUACAAAGGAGACGCAUGCAGAUGGGCGUGUCGUUUAUUUCUACCAAGAGGCUGGAACAAAGCACACAACGCUGCCCAACGGAGACGAGAUCUACAAGUUCCAUACGGGACAGACGGAGCAUCAUCGCGGUGACGGCUCAAAACAAAUCUGCUUUGUUGACGGCACGAUCAAAGAGCUGUACGCCACAGGCGAGGAGGAGACUACUUUUACUGACGGCACGAUUCAACGCGUCCUCGUGGGGGGCGAUCGGAUCAUCGAUUUCCCUGACGGGCAACGCGAGAUUCAUACUUCAGAGUUUUCUCAGCGCCGCUACCCGGAUGGUACCAUCAAGAUUGUCUAUGUUGACGGGCGUCAGGAAACGCAGUACAGUAACGGCCGGGUCCGCAUCAAGGACGCUCUUGGCAAUGUUGUGGUGGAUAAGGUCCUCUCACAGCGGCGGAAAUAA